AUGGCAUCUAUACUCUACCUAAUUCUCUCAUUGUCUCUAUUUUUCACACCAAAUUCUCAGGCUGAUCAGGGGGUGGCUCAAGAGUGUCCAUACCCAUGCUACCCACCACCAACUGGCGGCGGUGGUGGGGGAGGAGGAGGGAAUACUCCGACAACAACAACCUAUCCGCCGCCUUCCCAAACGGGGUAUUUCCCUCCUCCUUCCGGUAUAUUCCCAUAUAACCCUCCAAACCCUAACUACUAUGGUAAUGGACCUCCAGCUCCAGACCCUAUAGUUCCAUGGUUUCCUUUUUACUACAAGAAGCCACCUCAUAGCCCUGAUAGAUCUUCAUCCGCAGAUCAUUCUGUUUCUUCUUCUGGAAGCAUGAAUGGCAUGAGAUGGUGCACAAAGGGCAAAAAUGGUAAUUCAAGAAAAGAUAGAUGA